AUGGCUACCGAUCACGUCAACGGGAACGGGACGGAGGAACCCAUGGACACGACGGCGGCGGCGGUCCAGCGUUCGGAACACUUUUCGGCCCUGUUGGAAGCAGAGUUGCCUCAGAAAGUGGCCGAGAAGCUGGACGAGCUCUACAUCGCAGGUCUGAUAGCGCACAGCGACCUGGACGAACGAGCCAUCGAGGCUCUCAAGGAAUUCAAGGAGGAGGGGGCCCUGCAGGUCCUGGUUCAGUUUAAAGACAGCGACCUGUCCCACGUUCAGAACAAAAGUGCCUACCUUUGCGGCGUGAUGAAGACUUACAGGCAACGUGAGAAACAAGGCUCCAAGGUGACGGAUGCCACCAAAGGUCCCGACGAGGCCAAAAUUAAAAAACUCUUGGACAGAACCAACUACACCCUAGACGUCACUACGGGCCAGCGCAAGUACGGCGGUCCCCCGCCCGAGUCGGUCUACACGGGGGUUCAACCCACCAUGGGAACGGAGAUAUUUGUGGGCAAGAUCCCCCGAGACCUGUUCGAAGAUGAGCUGGUUCCUCUCUUUGAGAAAGCGGGGCCCAUCUGGGACCUUCGCCUCAUGAUGGACCCUCUGAGCGGCUUGAACCGAGGCUACGCCUUUGUCACCUUUUGCACCCAGGAGUCUGCGCAGGAAGCCGUCAAACUGUGCAACGAUUGGGAGAUCCGUCCCGGCAAGCACAUCGGCGUGUGCAUAUCGGUGGCCAACAACCGUCUGUUUGUGGGCUCCAUCCCCAAAAGCAAAACCAAGGAGCAGAUCGAAGAGGAGUUCUCCAAGGUCACAGGUCAGUGGUCGCGGGAGUCGUCGACCGAGGGACUGAAAGACGUCAUCAUCUACCAUCAACCCGACGACAAGAAGAAGAACCGGGGCUUCUGCUUCUUGGAAUACGAGGACCACAAAACGGCCGCCCAGGCGCGCCGCCGCCUGAUGAGCGGCAAGGUGAAGGUGUGGAACAACCUGGUGACGGUGGAGUGGGCCGACCCCAUCGAGGACCCGGACCCCGAAGUCAUGGCGAAGGUCAAAGUAUUGUUUGUGCGCAACCUGUCCAACGGCGUCACCGAGGAGAUCCUGGAGACGUGUUUCAGCCAGUUCGGAAAAGUAGACAGAGUCAAGAAGCUCAAAGACUAUGCUUUCGUUCACUUCGAAGAGCGCGCCGGCGCCGUCAAGGCGUUGGCCGAGAUGAACGGAAAGGAGUUGGAGGGCGAGCCCGUGGAAAUCGUCUUCGCCAAGCCGCCGGAUCAGAAAAGGAAGGAACGCAAGCAGCGGCACAUGACUAAGACGCAAAUGUACGACGACUAUUACUAUUACUCGCCCCAGCAGCAGUCGGCGCCUCCCGGUAGGGGGAGGGGCGGCGGGCGGCGCGGCUACUCUUACGCGCCGGAUUAUUACGGCUACGAGGAUUACUACGACUACUACGGCUACGACUACCAAAACUACCGCGGCGGCUACGAGGACCCGUACUACGGCUACGAAGAUUUCCAGGGCCCCGCCCAGGGACGCGGCACCGCCCGGGGUCGCGGCGGUCAGGCCGGCCCCGCCCGUGGCCGGGGCGGCUUCGGCGGGCGUGGCGGCUCGGCGCCGACAGGGCAGCUCCGCGGAGGGCGUGGCGCCAGAGGAGGCUCGGCGCCGCCGCGGGGCGGCCGAGGAGGGGUACGUGGCGCGCGGGGCUUCCGCGGUGCAAACGUAGGAGGAGCGAAGCGCAAAGCCGACGGGUACAGCCAACCCGAUUCCAAGCGGCGCCAGCCCAAUAAUCAGAACUGGGGCUCCCAGCCUAUCGCUCAGCAGCCGCUCCAAGGCGCCGACCACUCUAACUAUUCCGGCUACAAAUCCGACAACCAGGAAUUUUAUCAGGAUUCUUUCGGGCAGCAGUGGAAGUAA